AAAACACUUGUCGUGAAAGCAAUCAAAACAUUGAAGCGAUUAUUGAAACAAAUGAUUAGUUUUUAUGUUUUAUUUGAUAACAAAUGCUAUGAAAAGUCAAACAAAUUAACAAACAAUUGAUGACAGAAUCGCCUCUUUUCGAGACAAUUGAAUCCCAUUUGUGAUCCUUUUUUUGACACCAAUUUGUGGCCAAAACAAUGUCCAAAGCGUUUGAGGAUCAACUCUUGCGCGAAGUGAAUGAGAAUGUAUUGAAACGUUUCGGUCGUUUUGUGGAUCACUUCAACCGCGAGUUGUCUUCAAUACAUAACCUGAAUGUCAAACAAAUCUUGAGCUCAAUUGAAGUGCCGUUUGAUUGUCCGGCCAUUGAUUGCGAUGACGUGAAGGAGAGGACGGAUCUGAUAGAGUUGUUGAGCACUUGUGGUAAUAUGCAGUUGAAUAAAGUGGUGCUCGUCUUCGGCCGAUUGGCCCAAGAGAUGCAUUACUUGACACAUACGGGCGCUCAACGCUUCUGCGACCCACUGGUCCUCUACGGCGAACCCGUUUCGGACGAUCCCAACGCCGAAGACCUGUCAUCGAUCGCCAAAUUUCUGCCAUUACUGCACGACUUGUCCUCUUAUGUCACCCAUUGUCUGAAUGUGGUCUCAAAUGUUGUCCAACAGAUCAACGCUUUAAUACAUUUAUCUAAUAUACCGGUGAAGAAGGGAUCGCAAAACAAUUAUAAAGAACUAAUUCCUGACUUGAGUUCAAACAUCAGAUUUGAUGUGAUAUUUGAAGGGAUGUCUGACUUAGCGGUGACUCUAAUAAAUUUGGACGAAAUUAUCACAAAUCAAACGAAUUUACGCAAAGAUUUUGUGAAUUACAAGCGAAUCAUUGAAUUAGUUUCGGCCAAUUCGGCCAAAUUCGAUGUCAGCAAUGAGACCAUGAAAGUGAAGAUUCUGUUCAAACUGAUCGAUAAGAUGGAGAAGCAGUUGAUCGAUGGCGACGGUAUCUUCAGAUCAUACGUGGACGCCAUGACUCAUGAGGGAAGUGUUGCCAAAAACACUCAAAUGGCUGACCAGUUCUCGAACUACAUCCGCGUCUCGUGUCUUGAGUUGGAGACCACACCAGAACUCGUGUCCGACACUAAAUUUCUGUCGAUUUGCGCUCUUUUUGUGAUUUAUAUUUGGAUUUUUAAGAGAGAAGACAAACGUCUGUACAAAACAGUAACCGAUUGUCAGAAAAAAAUCGGCGUCUUUUUGUGUCACUUGAAGGGCAACUGUUGUGUCAUUCCCGACAAAUUUUUGACCAAUCAUUUGCCGCGAUCUAUGUUUGACAAGAAACUAAUGGACAGCUUUAACGCUCAACGAGACCUGAUUUUGAAGCAGAACUGCGACAAAGAAGUGAAACAAAUCAAUCUAAAAGUGACCAAUUGGUUGGUGCGCUUUGAACAGGACAUUACUGAUGCCACUGAUCUGAACACUAAUCUGAUUGAUAUCUUAGCGAAGCAGCAGAAGGUGAUCGAAGAGGGUCUCGAAAACGCCAAAAUGAUAUCAUCUCUUGUGAAGAACUGUAUUUCAUUGCAUCUACAAAACGGCCGACCGAUGGCUAAACACGAUUUGCUGGCCAUUUGUAAAGCCAUUUGUGUCCUCAAAGGCAUUCAAUUGGCAUUUCAUCGCAAGAAAGGGGUUUUGAUACCAAUUAUCGGACAUUUGGCUCAAUAUAACUGCUGUGUUGUACUGAAAAUGUUAAGCAAUACUAAAACCAAAAUCAUGACCGAUGUUAAGAAGUAUUCCGAGAAAAAACUGGAUCUCUUGUCGGCUGUGAUUCUGGCGUCUAAUUGUCUAAACGGUCCGAUUCUGACGAAUCAACGAAGAAUAUUAACAUCCAUUUGUUUGGCUGUUUUCUCAUCGGCUCUGACUGUCGAAGAAUUGUCCAAAAUAUUGACGUUAACUCGAAAACUGGAAUUGUUUACAAAAGUCCACUCAUUGAUCGAUAGUCGGACUAAUUGUGAGUUUCUUUACUUCAAUCGCGCGGUUCUCGGCAUAUAUUUCAACAAUUUCUUUGAGAACGAGUCGAGUAAUGUCCACGAAUUGAGACACUUCUUCAACGCGUUGUCCGAUUCGUUGACUUUUAUUAACAAAUGUCACGACAACCAGAAGAGAGAGAUUCUGGUCAAACAGUUUGAGACCGAAACGUACGAUCAGUUUAAAAACGACUUCUUGGACCGAAUUUGUUCCGAAUUCGAGACCGAAUUGCGGCUACAAAUCCAUUCGGAUCUACAGCUCGACGAUCAAAGUCCCUUCAAACGACAUUUGCAUGAUUUUAGUGCACUCUUAACGUCAGAACCGUUACGAUUGAACAAUAGAUUGAUAUCAAUCAAGAACUAUGUGGAGGAAUAUCUGAACGAAAUGGCUUACAAUCUGACGACAAUAGCUCUGCACGACUGGAAGACAUACGAAUCGAUGUUGAAUUUGGCCAAAACUAAGUAUGGCUUAGAGUUUGUGAGGUCUCAACUGCCGACACAGACCUUAGAGCAGGGGUUGGAUGUGUUGGAGAUCACCCGUAAUAUACAUGUAUUCGUUUCGAGAUAUUUAUAUAAUUUAAAUAAUCAGAUGUUUAUCGAGAAGUCAUCCAAUAAUAAGCACUUAAAUGUUUUGCUCAUAAGACAUGUCGCGAAUUCAAUACAAACCCAUGGCUUCGGUAUUAUCAACACUACAGUUAACUUCACGUAUCAGUUCUUACGCAAGAAAUUCUAUAUAUUCUCCCAAUUCCUAUACGAAGAGCACAUAAAGUCGCGACUCAUUAAGGAUUUGAGACACUUUCGGGACUCAAAUGCAAAUAAGUUUCCUUUUGAAAGGGCAGAGAAAUUAUGUAAAGGAAUCCGCAAACUGGGGCUCACAGCCGAUGGCAUGUCAUAUUUGGAUCAAUUCAGACAAUUGAUUAGUCAAAUCGGAAAUGUGUUGGGAUUCGUGCGAAUGUUGAGGAGUGGAGCACUUCAUUGCAGUUCCAAUUCAGUCAACUUUGUGCCCGAUUUGGAUGACAUGACUGAAGUGUCGUUCGAGACGAUGACCAGCGACGAGAGCCUCAGCGCCGACACAGUGACCGCCGCACAGAAUUUGGACUCAAUUCUCAACACUUUGAACCUAAACUUUACCGAAUCGACCGAUUAUUUCAAACUACUGGUCGAUGUGUUCGCGCAGACAUUCCGCGACUCCAAGAACUAUCACCUGAAGAACUUCUACGCAAUACUUCCGGCCACGACUUACAACUUUGUCGAACACCUCAUCAUCAGUAAGGAGAAGAUGACCCGUAAGAACAAAGUGGGCGCCGCCUUCACCGACGAUGGCUUCGCGAUGGGCGUCGCGUAUAUACUCAAACUGCUCGACCAAUUCAAUGAUUUCGAUUCACUUCAUUGGUUUAGCUCUGUUUCCGACAAAAUCAACGCCGAGAUCAACGAAGCCAACCGUCAGAGCGCUGCCAACGCUAACAGUGACGUCAAGUUAACCCAAACGACGAGUUUAACGAUCAAGAGAUUAGAGAAUCUCCAGAAGGAGUUCGAUCUCUUGGAGUACAGUCUCACCAGUUCUCGCAUACUAUUCAAAGCCACACCAGAAUCAGUCAAUUAA